GCCAGUCGCCAUCUUCACAGUCUUCACGCACUGCACGCGGUCGUUGCUGGUCGCUGCAGGCACUGUGCUGCAGGUCGGCUGCGAGUUCACCAGAGGCCAGAGGCACUCGUUCCAGUUCGGCGGUAGUUUGCGUCGUGCGUCGUCUGUUCUCCGUCGUCUGUGCGCAACGUUUCGAGGAGCACGAGGAGGAACCCCGCGGAGGAGCUCCCGAUACCCCAAAACUUUCGAGAGCCAAAAUGAAGCCGGCUUACGUGAUCUGCGCGUUGCUGAGCGUCGCGAUCGGCACCACCAGGCUGGUGCUGGCCGAAAACGGUAUAGAGGCAAAGUCUGGACCGACACAACCACCUAAAUCUAUCGUUCCGCCAAAUCUUGCAGCGGUAUCAAAGACCAUCACUGAUGCGACAACUGCUGAGCCUGCUGAUCCAUCAAACAAUAAAACCACUCAGAAUCCUAAUAUUACUACAUCUUCUCCUACAACUACCACUACUAAACCUCCUACUCUACCUAUCACUACUAAACCUACUACUACACCUACUACGGCUGUACCUGAUCCCAAGCCUACCACUAGUAACACUACUACUACAACUACAUCCACAACUACACCGACGUCACCAACAACAAGUCAUAUUCCUACAUCUCCACCCUCUUCUACAGCUGUACCCGGUACCACGGAUGCAUCGAAGACAACAGCUGUACCCCCUGCAUCUAAGGAUCGCCAGUUUGAUGGUCUAAGCUUCUUUGGUGGCAUUGUCCUUACUACAUGUCUGAUGGCGAUUGCUGCGUUUUCGUGGAAGUUCUACAGGCAGUGCAAAGAAGGCAACUAUCGUACUCUGUGAUAACGUGCAAGGCUAUAACAAAACUUUCGUCAAGUAAACGCAGUUAACCGAAUUAAGAACUAUGAAUAAUUAUUUUAUUUUAAUAAUAUUGCGUAUUUUUAUAACGCAGUUAAGUGUUGCGUGGUUUAAGUGCUCUUAGUAAUGUGAUGUGCAACCACGAGUUCCGUUUUUCUCAAUACAUGUAUAUCUAUCUAAUAGGGACGGAGGGGAGAGGGUUAAGUAAUCGUAUGUAUUGGAAACGAUGAUGUUGUAUUUAUAUGCGCGUUUUACUAGUAGAUGAGAGAUUGUGACGAGUUGCGUGUUGCAAGUAGGAAGGCAGACGAGAUGGGAUGGAGGGAGGGGGAGAAAGGUGGGCGCAUUAACGAGAGCUAAUGACCAAUCAAACGUACAUUCCGCGAGAGAGAAAAAGAGGGAGAUCAUAGUUCUUUAAACGCGCAUUAUUUCACUUCUUAUUAACUUUCGCUGAAACUGUGCAACUGUCGGGGCAAGCAGCAAGCUGUAUUUUUUAAUCUAUGGUAUGGUGUAUAGUGUAUACAUUCCGCAGUAAAGUUACGUAAGGUCUGACUUUUCUAUGAGACGGGAGAGAGAAGAGAAAGUGUUGAGGAACAUUGGGUUCGACGCAGGUAUCUUAGCGUGAAAACGGUACGAUGCCGAAGCGAAAUAAAUCAUCAUAACAUUUGAAUCUCAGACGGACGUGUCCCAAAGUAUGACAUCGACGCAUCCGAGAUGCGUUCUAUAAUAUAUAGAGUUAAAGCCGGAUUGUUAUUGAAAACGUAGUAGUCUGUUUAAUUACACGAUCGCAAGCACAUCAACUCUCUUCUUUGUCCUUAUCGCUAGUUUUGUUUGCACGAUAUUUCUCCGGCAAGAUCUGAGCAACGCGUGGAUAAUGGUACAAAUAUUUACGAUAUUAUCAAAGUUAAGGUUUAUUUUUUUCUAUCCGAUUUUGCGUUCUUUUUUUUUUAUAUAUUAUUUACUCUUAUUUACUCAGCGUCGCCUGAAUUUGCAUUGUAUGUUUGCAUACGAUAACAGUUUUAUUUCUUUGUAAGAUAAUUUCAUUAUUCUUGAGCGCGUUCAAGAUAUCGUCGAUUAUUUACGCGUUGCAAUCGUAACCGCCGAUGUCAUAAAACUCUCUUUACACUUCUUAAAAUGCUUAUUCAUCAAAUAGAAUGCCUAAGUAUCGAAUAGUUCCUUUCUCACACGUUCGCCUAAGAUUAACAAAUUACAAAAAAUCAACUGAAAAAUGUUUCACCUUUUUUUUUAGCACAUCGUCACAUGUCACAUGAACCACAGAAUUUAAUUAAUUAACGGUCUUUUUUGUAGCUAGUAUUGUGAAAUAAUAUAUUAAAUAGUACAAUACUGUAUUAAUUAAGCUUUAAGCGAUAUUUUUAGUAACGUGUCACAUUUAUUAUAAAAAAGGCAAAAAUUAUAUGUUAUAUUUAUGUGCAAUAUAUAAUCUCUUUCGGUUCGCCUUAGGUUACGUUUAUAGUACAAUAUUGAAAAUCCAAAGACACAA